CGAAAAAGCUCAUGAUGAUGGCGGAAGAGGAGCCGCCGAGCGCCUCGCAGGCCAGGAGUCACCGCAGCAGACGCGCAGGAAAUAAACAGUCCACUAGUUUGAAAAAUGAAGAUGAUGCACAAAGGAAAGCUGUGCUUGAAGCUGCUAUCAGAAAGAAGAUUGAGUAUGAGCGAAAAGCCUUGCAGGUUGUUGAAUGCCUGUUGGAAGAUGAUAUCAAUGAAGAAUUCCUUGUGAAUUGUGGGAAAUUUAUAACACCUUCUCAUUAUAAGGAUGUUGUGGAAGAACGAUUAAUCAUCAAGGUGUGCGGCUAUCCCAUAUGUCGAAACAGGCUACAGAAUGUACCAAAACAAAAGUACAGAAUUUCAACAAAAACAAACAAAGUUUACGAUAUUACUGAAAGAAAGUGUUUUUGCAGCAACUUUUGUUACAGAGCAUCAAAAUACUUCGAGGGUCAAAUUCCCAAAAGUCCAGUGUGGAUCCGAGAAGAAGAAAGGCCACCAGACAUCGAGUUGCUAAAGGAAGGGGAAAGUGGCUACUCUGGGAAGGAAGUAAAAUUAGUCAUUGAAGGCAUUAAAGAAUUAGAUGUUGAAAAUCCUAUUCUGGUGGCAGUCCAAGAUGACUCUGGCACUGAGAGCGAGAGCAGCAGUGAUACAGAACAAGAAUUUGUCUCCUCCGUUCUGCAAGGGAACCUAUCAAGUGUGGACAAGGCAGCUCAUUCAGUGCCCAGAAAGAGCAUACUCAAAAAGAAGCAUGCUGAGAGAGCCCAGCUCAAGCUGACCACAACCAAGAAUGCAGUUAACGAGGCAGCAGAGGAGCUAAGUAGAUGCAAAUUAGAUAUCCAAGAAGAGAAACAUUUCGUUCCGGGUAACAUUGAGAUUGCAAGAGCUCACACUUUUCAGGACAGUCUCAUUCCUGAAACCGUACAAACCCCGGAAGGCUUUGGAGACCACUGUAAUGACUCCCAAGUGGUUUUCCUGGGUGUGAGCCAGAAAGGGGCAGAUCAGUUGAAAAGGUUGCUUGCUAAAUCGAAACAGCCUGUCAAACAUGGCCUUGCGGGUCCCGCAGGCUGUUUUAUGGCCAAACGUAGCUUGCUCAAAGGCCUCAGGAAAACAUUUACUGAAUGGAGAACUGAGGAGACAUUGAAAUUUCUCUGUGGUUCCAACUUGGCGGCCCCCUGCAGACCGCAGACCGCCCCCCCAGCUGAUGGCGAGAAGGAAGACCUUGAUGAGGAUGAUUUAGAUAGCACCAACAAACCAGACAUCACUGCCACCACCCAAAGAGACACUGCGAACUGUUUGAACUGGCCAUUGCCUUUCCAGGCCACAAGUACAGCAACUGAAGCUUUACCUAGCUAUGAAAAAUUAAAAGAAGAGACGUCACAGUUGGAAUUAAAGGUGAGAGAAUUUUACGGAGGAAAGUUCAUCUUAGCUGAAGAAGACAUGAUGACACAGGUGGAAAGGGAGCAACGCCAUAGCAGUGAUCAAGAUCAGCGGUUGGUUCCUGCUUUACCACUUGUAGAUUCUAAUGCUCAACAGCAGGUUCGGGUGAGGAUCGUUCUUGAAAAGCUCCGAAAUGUUUUGCUUGCUGUUUUGGGCCCUCUUCAGAUUCAGAUUGGUGAUGUUUAUCCUGAACUUAAAAAUCUUGUUAAAACGUUCAGGUUAACAAAUACAAAUAUUCUCCACAAUUCUCCAGUAUGGACCGUAAUUGCUGUUGUGUUGCUGUCUGUGUUGUCAGAAAAUAUUUCUAUCUUCACCACGUCCGAGCAGUGUCAAGGAUAUACACAGUUCCUGGCUACUUUGUUUGAAGAAUUACAUUUUAAACGCAAAGAUUUAGAAAGCUUAACAAGAGUGUUUAGAAGUGAUUGUCUUCCUCACUGAGUAAGAAGAUCAUCUUGCACUUCUUUCCUUAUGCCAGGAAUCUGAUCAGGAUUGAAAAAAACACUAUCAAUGGCCAGUACACCAUAUGGAGGGGGGAAUUCACUGUGCUAUCAUCAGUCUUCGUUCCUAUGAAUAAGUGAUGUGAAAGUUUUCUGAGAAAUCUGAAAAUUCUACCAUUGAUUUUUUUUUUUUAAAAAAAAGCAAAACUGAAGUUCUCUUAUGAUUGAAAGAAGACCCGUUUAAAUAAAAAUAUAUGAUAUUUUG